AAACCUUGUUUUGCCUCUUAUCCAAACCCUAGCCGCACCCGCUCUGCCUGGACAGAUCCUCCUACGCCCUCAUCGAAAUGGCACCCAAGAAGGAGAAGGCUCCCCCACCGUCCUCGAAGCCGGCGAAAUCUGGCGGAGGCAAGCAGAAGAAGAAGAAGUGGAGCAAGGGCAAGCAAAAGGAGAAGGUGAACAACAUGGUGUUGUUCGACCAGGGGACUUAUGACAAGCUCCUCUCAGAAGCUCCCAAGUUCAAGCUCAUCACUCCUUCUAUCUUGUCAGACAGGCUGAGGAUUAAUGGAUCAUUGGCACGCCGUGCUAUUAAGGAUUUGAUGGCAAGGGGUUCUAUUAGGAUGAUUUCUGCCCAUGCUAGUCAGCAGAUUUACACCAGAGCCACCAACACCUAAAGAAAAGUUGUCUUUCUCAUGGGAGGCACAAACUUUUAACAUAUGCUUAAUAUUUGUCAUGUUAGGAAACUGUUGUCUUUAUGAGCUAUUGUAUGCUUUGUUUAAGUUCAUAUGACCAAGUAUUUCUCUUUUUGGUUGACAGUCUGUUUUUCUACAGAGUUGGAUUUAUAUGAAUCUUAUGUUAUUUGGAAGCUUGUUUGCUGUGAUAUUUACAUUAGCGGUUUGAUGGAGUUUUCUUGUAAGUUUAAUUUGUUUGCUAUAAGUUUUCUCAUGUUCGAAACUGAAGGAUGUGUUCUGUUGGAGUUGCUAGGGCUUUAACUCCGAUUAGC